AUGUCUCGCCAUCAUCCCGAUCUCGUCAUGUGCCGCAAAGCACCUGGCAUCUCACUCGGCCGUCUCUGCGACAAAUGCGACGGCAAAUGUCCCGUCUGCGACUCGUACGUCCGGCCGACGACCCUGGUCCGCAUCUGCGACGAGUGCUCCUUCGGCAACUACCAGAACAAGUGCGUCGUGUGCGGCGGCGAAGGAAUCAGCGACGCAUUCUACUGCUUCGAAUGUACCAGGCUGGAGAAAGAUCGAGACGGGUGUCCCAAGAUCAUCAAUCUGGGUUCAUCGAGGACGGAUCUGUUUUACCAAAAGAAAAAUUUCAGGAAUCAACAAUAUUGA